AUGCCGCCGCAUGAAAGCUCAUCUGGCGAGCACACCUGGGCGCCACGUCCAAACGCCGAUCGAUGCCGAAGCAGAAGUCGCGAGCUUAGCAAACCGAGCCAGAAUUCGCGAGUGGUCUGUGCAUCGAGCUCAACAUCGAAUGAAAACGAGGCCGCGUCACGGGGCGAUGAAACUGCAUGGGAAAAAGGAUUGCGCCAGGCCCGUGAAAUGAUGAUAAAGGCGUCAAGAAAACGCGAAGAAGAGCCGGAUUUUGAUCGAAAAAGACUGGUGUUGGCGCCAAGCGAAGAUAUGGAUCAGCGACGAACAUCCGAUGACGAAUCAGAUGACUCACGCAUCCAUCGUGGGCUACGUCGGCGAGCAUCACGUUCACCCUUCUCACGCAGCGCUGCUAGGAGCGCGUGUGGUCUUGUUUCACAGAUGGAUGGUGACCUUGAUUCGUCGAGAUCCAGAAGACAUAAUAUUUCAUUAGGACCGGAUGGUGAUGGGCGUCGUCGGCAGGACGGCAGAUGUGGACGAGAUGAACCGCGGCAACCACCUAAAGAUCUCGGGCCACAGGUGCUGUAUCCGAACGGUCGACCAACUGCCCGUCGCCGUCCUGCUGCUUCGGCACGCAAAACCUCUCCGACCGAUCGGUAUUAUGUUCCACGUCGUGUUUCUGUGCCGCGUAGUUCACCGUCCCCGCAUUCACAGACACCACGAGAUUCGCGAUCACCCAGUCCGUAUCGCUCAUUUUCGCGUUCGCCAAGAAGACGCACUUCACCGACUUCGGCUGAUAGCAGACGGGAGCGCUACAGAAAGCGGAACACUGAUCCAGUUACUGGCUUGGCAUUUGUCAUAAAAAGACAUCCCACCAAAAACAUUCCAUCCUCUCUGUUCUGUUUGGAACUGUUGCGAUUAUUUUUUUCUUUUUUUGCUGGUGAUCGAAUCCAUGACCCGUGGGAAAGAACACAUAAGAAGGAACGAAGCAGGGAUGAAGAUCUGUUGUCGACAACCCUUGGCGCAGAGCUGCAAAAAGCGCGCAGACAGCAGCACCGACAAAGAGCAGCGAGCAGAGGAGGUAGUGCUGGACGAAGAAGCGGUAGUGGUACAACUUCAGCAACAUCACGCUCUCAGUCACCCUCACAUACAUCGUCACAAAGGCGACAGCAGUCGAUUUCACUUGCAUCUGCAGUCGCCUCGAAAAAUCUUAUUGAUGAAGAUGGAGCUGUGAGAGCAACGGACCUUUCAUCCUUCCGCAUUCCCAAGAAAAAGAGACCGUCUUCUCCACCGCGCCGCUUUUCAGUGAUGGAAAGCAGCAGGAAACACUUGCUUCCGCCUCGUGACAACAAAACUUUGAACCGUGACCUUUCACCUUCUUGGAAGGUGGAUAUAUCAAGCAAUGAAAGCUCGGAAAGUAGUUCCAGUUGGUCGAGCAGUAGCAGCGACGAUACAGAGCCAGCCGCAUAUCGUCUCAAAAGAAAGGCUGAUGUUGGCCCGUCAGCAGGGAUAUCACUUUCUCCAGGACCCGCAGCCGAAGACGUUUCGAGCGAUGAAGAUGAGGAUGGAUCGGAAACUCGUGCAGUAAUUGCCUCGGAACCUCCAAAAAAGAAGUCUUCGGCUGGAAGCUCCCGACACUCUUCGAGAAGAGCAGAUGACGAUGAUUAUGUGGAUGAUGAGGCCGAAAAAGAGGAGCGUCGUGCUCAGUUGUUGCGUCAGUUGAAAUGUGUCGAAGAUGCAAUUGCACGUAAACGUAGUCGUCCAGUUGCUUGA